UCAAGCUAUCUAAUUAUAAGCAUACUUAUUGAAUAUCGUAGCUCCCUUAUAAUUCUUAGAUAAUCAAUGUUAAUAUAAAAAAGGCUACUUGCGCCGAUAGCUUCGUUUCCAUACAUAUGGUUCUCGAAUAUCGACCCAAUAUUGUCAUUUUCGUUCUUUUGAAGCGGGGAGAAAAUUGACACUUCUAUUUUAAAAAAUGAAUGUCGCAACUUCAUGUUUGUGUAAUUAGUACAGUGAUUAGAUGAUUUGUGACAAAUAAUAAUUUAUUUAUCAAAGUAGAAGAUCAGAAUUGGCCGACGUAAUAAAUACAAAGUCUACAAAUAGAGCUUGGAUAUAAAAUUUACCCAAUUUCACCACGUCGAAUACUUGUAUACUUGUGAUUGAUUUGUAGCUAGUUAUCACUAUCUUUGUAUAAUAAAAUGUUUAAAGUACCGCCACUUGUUUUGCCAGCGGCAACAAAUCACACUUCUACUGUGAUUUUCCUUCAUGGAUUAGGCGACACUGGUAAUGGCUGGGCGGCAGCCAUGAGUGAAAUUAAGCCUCCUCAUACCAAAGUCAUAUUACCUACUGCUCCAACUAUUCCAGUAACAAUAAAUGCUGGUGCUAAAAUGCCUUCAUGGUUUGACUUACAUGGAUUGAAUCCUAAUACACCAGAAGAUGAAACGGGUUUAAAUGCAUCCACUGAAAAAAUUCACUCUUUAAUAGACAAGGAAGUUGCAUCAGGAAUUCCUUCUAAUCGUAUUGUUCUAGGAGGAUUUUCACAGGGCGGAGGUUUGGCUUUAUAUGCUGGUUUACGUUGCACCAAAUCUCUGGGUGGCAUAGUAGCAUUAUCAUGUUGGCUACCUAUGUUCAGAAACUUUCCUGAUCCAAACCUGAAGUGUUCACCAGACGUUCCAAUUUUUAUGUGUCAUGGUGAUUGUGAUCCUGUUGUUCCAUACAAAUGGGGUCAAGCAUCUCAUAAAGUUUUGAGAAACUUUAUGAAUAAUUGUGAAUUCCAUACUUAUCCGGGACUUAUGCAUUCUUCUAAUCAAACCGAGCUGAAUGAUAUAAAAUCAUUUCUCGAUCGAAUUUUACAUGCUUAAUAAUGCUAAUGAGUUUUAAAAUUAUUUCUAGAAAGUACUUUUAGUUACUGUAU